AGUCUCUGGUCUGCCGUUACCUGACUGCGCUCCAGCUCACCGGCGACAUGGCCGUCAACAGAUCCCGCUCGUAUGUUGGGAUGGAUGAUCUGCAUGUUCUGAAUGGAGUCAGCACUGCUUUGAGCGAGUCCUCAUCAGUUUGCAGUGAUUUAAGGGAUAUUUCUGAGAUUGAAGUCAUGAACUCCAUCAGUUGCACCUUUGAUGACUCGGUUGACUUCAUUGAGGAGUCUUUGCACCACAGUGACAACAUGUUGCAGACGAGUGGCAACAAGAUCCACGUGGCCAAUAACAUGAUGGACAUGGACCAGGACCCUCGCAAGCGGCUCUACUUUGCUGACGGCCGAAGGAAAGUGGACUAUGUGCUGGUGUUCCACUACCGAAAGCGUUCCUCCAUCAGGGGGUCUCCUAGUCAGCACAGACUGUCCAUCAUCUCCAAUGGAAGUUAUCAUUUAGGAGUGGAGGAAAAAGACCCAGAAGGAGGGAAAGAGGAGCCUGCGGAGGUGGUGGUUGAUGUUGGACCACCGGACCCUGCCGAAGGGGAGAAAAUCAUGAUCCGGGAAGAGUUUGAGGGCAGUUUAAAGGACGCAGGGCUGGAAAUUGAACGUGAUAAAGAGAACAAGGCUCAUGGUCAUGCCUUUAUCCGGUUACACGCGCCUUGGCAGGUAUUGAGCAGAGAGGCAGAGUUUCUCAAGAUCAAGGUGCAGACCAAGAAGAGUUACGAGCUGAGGGAAGAAAAAGGUCUGGCCGCCACUAUGAAUGAAGUGUGGCGGAAGUUAAAUCAACCGUUCCAGCCCAAAGUACCCCAUCAGGAGCAAGAGAACAGCCGCACCAAGUUCCUCACCCACUGUUUCUCCCGGGACAAGCUCCACCUGUACAACAUACAGUCAAAGGACACCUUCUUCGACAAUGCCACAAGGAGCCGAAUAGUGUAUGAAAUCCUCAGACGCACAGCCUGCACACGGACCUGCCAAACCAUGGGUAUCACCACACUCAUAGCUAACGGGGUUUAUGAUUCAGCAUUCCCAUUGCACGAUGGUGACUUCCACUCCUCUGGACAAGCCGAGGGAAAAAACGAAAGACAACUGUUACAUGACGAAUGGGCAAGAUAUGGUGCUUUUUACAAGUAUCAGCCGAUCGAUCUCAUCAGGAAGUACUUUGGCGAGAAGAUUGGUCUGUACUUUGCCUGGCUUGGUGUGUAUACUCAGCUUCUGAUCCCUGCAUCUGUGGUGGGCAUUAUCGUCUUCUUCUACGGCUGGGCCACUGUGGAAACCAACGUACCUAGCCAAGAGAUGUGUGACGAGACUCAGAACUUCACUAUGUGUCCGCUCUGUGAUCGGGUGUGUGACUACUGGCAGCUGAGCACAGCGUGCGGUACGGCACGUGCCAGCCAUCUCUUUGACAACCCGGCCACCGUGUUCUUCGCCAUCUUCAUGUCCCUCUGGGCUGCGAUGUUUCUGGAGCACUGGAAGCGCCGACAGAUCAGCCUGAACUAUAGCUGGGAUCUGACAGGCAUGGAGGAGGAGGAGGAGCAUCCCAGACCCAAAUACGAAACCAUCCUCCUUCAGAAGAGGCAGAGGAAGAAGAAAAACAAGAAGAACAAAAACGAGCCUGAGAGAGUUGUGGACGAGAGCGGGGAACUGGGCAAGGACAAAUGGAGGCAGAGGUUACUGUCAGCCAUGGCUGCUGGGAAUCCGACUGGACAUGAGAAGCUAACAUGGAGGGACAGACUGCCUGGAUAUCUAAUCAACAUCUCCUCCAUUCUGUUCAUGUUUGGAGUGACGUGCUCUGCAGUCUUCAGCGUCAUCAUUUACCGAAUCACCAUCUCCGCCCUUAUGGCCAUGAGCCCAGACCCUGAUGUUAAAUCCAACGUGAGGGUGACCGUCACAGCCACUGCUGUCAUCAUCAACCUGGUGGUCAUCCUCAUUUUGGAUGAAAUCUAUGGCAUGGUGGCUGCCUGGCUAACAGAACUGGAGAUCCCGAAAACUGAGACCAACUUUGAAGAGCGUCUGAUUCUGAAGGCUUUCGUCCUGAAGUUCAUGAAUGCCUAUGCACCGAUCUUUUACGUGGCCUUCUUCAAAGGGAGGUUUGCGGGCCGCCCUGGUGACUAUGUAUAUGUCUUUCAUGACUAUCGAAUGGAAGAAUGUGCUCCUGGUGGCUGUCUAAUUGAGCUCUGCAUCCAGCUCAGCAUCAUCAUGUUGGGGAAGCAGCUUAUUCAGAACAACGUCUUCGAGAUCGGCAUUCCAAAGCUGAAGAAGUUGUGCCGCACGCUAAAAGACAAAGAUCGGGAGCCCAAGGAGAUUGUGGAGCAGCCGGGCCGCCGCCAACAGUGGCACAUGGACUACGACCUGGAGCCGUUUGACGGACUCACACCUGAAUACAUGGAGAUGAUCAUACAGUUUGGUUUCGUGUCACUCUUUGUGGCCUCAUUCCCGCUGGCUCCGCUAUUCGCACUCCUAAACAAUGUCAUCGAGAUUCGCCUCGACGCCAAGAAGUUUGUCACGGAGCUCCGCCGGCCAGACGCCGUGAGGACCAAAGACAUUGGCAUCUGGUAUAACAUCUUGAGCGGUUUGGGAAAGUUCUCAGUCAUCAUCAAUGCCUUUGUCAUCUCCUUCACAUCUGAUUUCAUCCCUCGCCUGGUCUACCAGUACAUGUACAGCGAGACAGGAACCAUGCACGGCUUCAUCAACCACACGCUAUCUUACUUUAACGUCAGCAACUUCAAACCAGGAACCAUGCCUUCAACAUCCGACAUUACAGUCUGCAGGUACAAGGACUACAGAGAGCCUCCAUGGUCGAAUGAGCCUUACCAGUUCUCCAAACAGUACUGGUCCGUGCUAGCGGCUCGGUUAGGUUUCGUCAUUUUAUUCCAGAACCUGGUGAUAAUCAUGAGCAUGCUGGUGGCCUGGCUGAUCCCGGACAUGCCCAAAAACAUCAGUGAGCAGUUAAAGAAGGACAAGACUCUUCUAGUGGACGUCUUCCUGAACGAAGAAAAGGAGAAGCUGCAGCUGAUCCAGAGCCUGUUCUCCAAAGAUCUGACCAACAAGCAGCAGGAAGAGCACCAGCAGCAGGUUUCGGAUAAAACCUCGCUGCCUCUCCAGCAAAGCCAGCCUGGCUUUCUCCCUCCGUCCUCAUCCCCUGCCUCUACAGCUCCUCGAACCCGAGCACGAGCCGCCAGCUUCAGUCAGUUCACCCGGCAGAUGUCUAUGUCUCCCCGCAGGGACGUCACCCAGCACACGGCGGUGUGACGGGACGCUGGACAAGUCUUGGAGGAUUUGCUAAAGCGUGAGGCUUGAGUUUUGGGAAUCAGGUGCCCGCGUUUGUUCUCCUCUUUAAUUUUUGUUUGUUUUUUUUCCACACCGGAGCACUGGAUAGUACAUUUCGAAAGUCUAUCUCGGAUGUUUCAGCCACGUCUCGAGCUUUCGCAAUAGGGGGACGCAAUCAUUCCAUAUGCAUUGCAAAACACGCGAUGAACGCAGGAUGUUUAUCGAAUAAAAAGAGCACUGCGCACAUAUUGGUGACGUCUUGCAGAAUCUGUUACAUGCUGUCCAAACUGCACAUUGUCCACAAGAUGUAGCAUAUUAACGGCAAAUAAUAAUAAUAAUAAUCGUUUUCUCAGGUAACAGCGGCACUGUAGGCUGUACUCGUUCAUUAAUGACCGCUCUUGGAUUAAGCAAGACUUUGGUAGUAGGUUAAGGUGCAACGAUGACAAUUUCAAUCUUGGACGUAUUCUGUCAAACUCUCUCUCUCAAAACCAUGCAGCCCUUUCGUAAUGUAACACAUUCAAGUCGCCAUGAAAUCAAGGUAAAGAUUGUGUUUUUUUCUGCUAUCGUGACUUGGAUUUGGUCCUGAAAUGAGAGAACGAUGCUUGACUUUGUUUUCCAUCAUCAAUCAUGCUUUUUCCAAUCAUAUUUCGUAGUAGAUUGGAUUGUUGAUAGAUGGACAUGUUUAAUAAAAUGAAGGAAGAAAUGAGAUGCCCUCAUAUGCACACCCCAACAGACUGAUAGCACCACCCUAAAGGAAUUCCAUGGGACCAGGAAGUAAAGAAAAGUCUUUUGGAGUAGCAGGGAAGAUUAUGGUAUUUGAUUAAAGUUUGUGCACAGAGACAUUAUUUACACUGCAAAAAAAGGCUUUUCUUACUUAGAUUUUGUCUUGUUUCUAGUCCAAAAAUCGAACGAUUCAUAACCUUUUAAGGCCCAAGGUGUGUUUUUACGUUAAUUUUUUAUUUCUCUUUUGCCACUUGGACUUAUUAGAACCUAAUUAGAAUAAAAAGCUAAGUAUCAUCUUUUG